AUGCUCCAACAGGCUGAUGGUCACGGUUCAGGCUCUGAUGCCCACGGCGGGGAGGCCCUCAGGGAAGACCUGCAGGAGUUCCUGGGUGGGGAGGCCCUCCUGCAGCAGCUCGAUGACCUCACCAAGGUGAAUCCUGUGACUCUGGAGACAGUCCUGAGGUGUCUGCAGGCCCGGUACAUGGCCGACACGUUCUACACCAACGCCGGCUGCACCCUGGUGGCUCUGAACCCCUUCAAGCCCGUCCCUCAGCUCUACUCGCCAGAGCUGAUGCGAGAGUACCACGCUGCUUCUCAGCCCCAGACACUGAAGCCCCACAUCUUCACAGUGGGUGAACAGACCUACAGGAAUGUCAGGAGCCUGAUCGAGCCAGUCAACCAGUCUAUUGUUGUCAGUGGAGAGAGUGGUGCUGGAAAGACAUGGACAUCCCGCUGCCUGAUGAAGUUCUACGCCAUGGUGGCCGCCUCACCCACGUCCUGGGAAAGCCACAAGGUUGCCGAGAGGAUCGAACAGCGCAUCUUGAACUCCAACCCCAUCAUGGAAGCUUUUGGGAACGCGUGCACAUUGAGGAACAACAACAGCAGCCGCUUUGGGAAGUUCAUCCAGCUCCAGCUGAACGGGGCCCAGCAGAUGACGGGAGCUGCAGUUCAGACCUACCUCCUGGAGAAAACUCGAGUGGCCUGCCAGGCCCCCAGCGAGAGGAACUUCCAUAUCUUCUACCAGAUCUACAAAGGAGCCCGCGCCGACGAGAGGGUCCAGUGGCGCCUCCCCGAGGGAGCUGCCUUCUCCUGGCUGCCCCACCCAGAGAGGACCUUGGAAGAGGAUUGUUUCGAGGUGACCAGGGAGGCCAUGCUUCAUUUGGGCAUCGAUGCCCCCACCCAGAACAACAUCUUUCAGGCCCUGGCCGGACUGCUGCACCUCGGCAACACCCGGUUUGCUGACUCGGGGAACGAAGCCCAGCCCUGCCCGCUGGUGGACGGUGCUCAGUGCUCUGUCGGGACAUCGGCCUUGCUGCUGGGGCUCCCGGAAUAUCAUCUGCUAGAGACACUGCGGAUUCGAACCAUCCGGGCGGGCAGGGACCAGCAGGUGUUCCGGAAGCCCUGCUCCCAGGCGGAGUGCGACACCCGCAGAGACUGUCUGGCCAAACUGGUUUAUGCACGGCUGUUUGACUGGCUGGUCUCGGUGAUCAACAGCAGCAUCUGUGCCACCCCCGACUCCUGGACCACUUUCAUAGGCCUGCUGGACGUGUACGGGUUUGAGUCGUUCCCCAACAACAGCCUGGAGCAGCUCUGCAUCAACUACGCCAACGAGAAGCUGCAGCAGCACUUCGUGGCUCACUACCUCCGGGCCCAGCAGGAGGAGUACGCAGUGGAGGGCCUGACGUGGUCGUUUGUCAGCUACCAGGACAACCAGCCCUGCUUGGACCUCAUUGAGGGGAGCCCCGUCAGCAUCUGCUCCCUCUUAAACGAGGAGUGCCGCCUUAACCGGCCAAGCAGCGCCGCCCAGCUCCAGACACGCAUCGAGAGCGCCCUGACCGGCCGCCCCCGCCUGGGCCGCGACAGGCUGAGCCCAGAGCCCAGCUUCAUUGUGCUGCAUUACGCGGGGCCCGUGCGGUACUGCACCGCGGGCCUGGUGGAGAAGAACAAGGACCCCGUCCCCCCGGAGCUGACCAGGCUCCUGCAGCAGUCCCAGGACCCCCUGCUCAAGGUGCUGUUUCCUGCUGACCCUGAAGAGAAGUCCCAGGAAGAGCCCUCCGGCCAGAACCGGGCCCCUGUGUUGACCGUGGUGUCCAAGUUCAAGGCCUCCCUGGAGCAGCUCCUGCAGGUCCUACACGGCACCACACCCCACUACAUUCGCUGCAUCAAGCCCAACAGCCAGGCCCAGGCGCAGAUAUUCCACCGAGAGGAGGUUCUGAGCCAGCUGGAAGCCUGUGGCCUCGUGGAGACCAUCCACAUCAGUGCCGCCGGCUUCCCCAUCCGGGUCUCUCACCGGAACUUCCUGGAGCGGUACAAGUUACUGAGAAGGCUCCGUCCGGCCACAACCCCUGGCCCCCAUGGCCCAUGUCCAGCUGGAGGCCAGUCAGAGUGGCCUCCACGCGCUGAGCCGGCCAUGCUGCGGGGCCUCCUCCAGGACAUCCUCCACGCACUGCCAGCCCCGCUGCACUGCGGCAGGACCAAGGUGUUCAUGACCGACUCCACGCUGGAGCUCCUGGAGCGCAGGCGUGCCCAGGUGCUGGAGCAGUGUGCCCGCCACAUCCAGCGUGGCUGGAGGAGAUACUGGUGCCGCACGCAGGCCAGGCAGAGGCGGGCAGCUGUGCUCAUCCAGGCAGCCGUCCGCUCCUGGCUGACUCGGAAGCACGUCCAGCGGCUGCACGCGGCUGCCACGGUCAUCAAGCGUGCGUGGCGGGAGUGGAGGAUCAGAAUGGCCUUCCUUGCUUCUGAAGAACUGGAUGGUGUGGAAGAAAAACACUCAUCUCAAACUUCCUGCUCCCCGAGCUCCAGCCCACUGCCCCCAACUCAGACCAGGCUCCAGGGCGCAAUAACCCGGCUCUGGCCCCUGGGACUGGCCCUGGCCAAUGCGGCGGUGGGCGUGCAUGGCUUUCAGAGGAAGCUGGUGGUCUUCGCCUGCCUCCAGCUCCCCGUGGGCAGACCCAGGAGCUGCACUGUCCAGACGGCCCAAGAACAAGCCGGAGUCCUGUCCAUCCGAGCACUGCCUCAGGGCUCGAUCAGGUUUCACUGCAGAAAGUCCCCGCUGCGCUAUGCUGACACCUGCCCUGGACCCUCGCCCGACAGUGUCACUGGCUUCAAUCAGAUCCUGCUGGAAAGACACAGGCCAGGCCACGUGUGA